AUGUUCUCCUCCGAUCUUAUUUGGAGCUUUAUUUUUAUCUUUCUAAAUACGGCUCCCUUUUAUGUGCAGGAAAGACUGGCAUCUUUCUUUUUUAAAAAGCACUUGAAGAAUUUGGUCUCAACCUUCUCCAUAUCUAUCUCUAAUUGUACAUGCAAAGAUGGCGAGCUUAGGUCUCUUGUUUCCAUUAAAGACAUUGUAUUUAAUGCAAAAUUUAUAAACGACUAUCUUGAUUCGGGUUUGAAACUGGCCGAUGCCAAUGUUAACGAAAUUUCCUUUUCCGUUUGCUCAAAUAAUUCUUCCCUUGAGAGUAUUUUAUUGGUAGCUGAUGGCCUUCACAUGCAUAUAAACAUUGACAUCUCAUCUUUUCCGACUUAUUGUGCAUCCAACCCGAAGGCGAUAUGCAUGGAUGCGUUCAGGGAUCUAAUAUUGAUGUUCCGGAAAACCAACCUAACCCUAAACAUACAAUCUGGCAUGCUAAAAAUUAGGUUUUUUAAAAAUGACGAGACCAUUUCGUGCUUUGUGAUCACAUUGAAUGGAAUCGUUAUUGAAAGCAGUUCUUCGACAGAUUUAUGCUUGGAAUUGAAAGUGGAGAAUUUUAUAAAGCUUUACAGCGAGGAUUGUUCCACUGUUUUUGCUGACAUCCCUCCUUCAAGCAAGGCCAUCUUUUCUGCCACCUCCAGCUGUCUCAACGUCGAGAUAACUGAGCCAAUAUCUUUUGUUCUUGAUGGGUUUUUUGAUCUGUUAAAGGAAAUACCGCUCAGCGAAGCAGCUGCCGAUAAAAAUGGCGCUUUCGACUCACCUGUUAUGGCGGAUGGGGGUUUUUUGAACGCUGACGAGGAAACAAGCGACGAUGACCCGGAUAAUGAAAUCUUUUAUUCGAUUUUAAACGAAGCCACUGGGAGGUUUCAGUUUAAAAAUGUUGAUUACAACAACCCUAUGCCUAUCAAAAAGCCUGCAGAGUCAAACACGCACAAGUUUUUUCUUUCUUGCUCACGUGCCAGCGUCACUUUUUUUGGAAAUGUGUUAAAACUGGCUGAAAUCGACCUAAAAUGCACGUUCCCAGAGUUUUUGCUUGACAAAAUGGCCAUUUGUUUGUAUUGUUCGCAAGCUGCAAUAUGCAAUUCUAACUUUGAAGCCCUUUUGGAGCUAGUUUCGCUUUCCAAAAGCAGCUCAUCGGCAUUGGCAGCCAUCAAUGUAUCUAACAUAAAGCUUUCUUGCUUUGAUGGCGAUUCUUUGACGCCCGGAGAUUCUUCGUUUAACGAAGAAAGCAUAUUGUCGCUAUUUUAUUGCCUUUCAUUUUUGGAUUCAAUACUUCCAGAAAUUUCGAUUUCAAAUUUCUCGUUGAGCAGCCAGGCUCCCGCGGUGUCUGUAUCUCUCCAAGCAUGCAGUUUAAAGGUCAAUCAAUCUUAUAGCGUGAUUUCAAUUACAACAAAAUGCAAGUCGGCAUCAAUUGCCCUCAAAGAUCUCAAUAUGAACUUGUUGAUUGCAGAGCCAUUUUCGAUCGUCUUAACUUUCAGAAAUGGGGAGGGAAUCGAGUUUAAAGAGUUGGAUUUGUCCGAUCUGUUCAGUUGCAGCAAAAAAAAGACCAUCAAUGUUUCGUCCUCUAUCUUCCAAGAUCAGAUCCAGUCCUCUUUGUUUCGUUUAAAGCAUGAACAUUUGCAUUCAUUUUUUCAAAAUCAAUUGCACUUAAAGGUGGAGGCUAGCAUCAGACACCUAUUUGUAGAUUGUGAUUUUUCUUUCAACUCUUUGUGGUGUCCAUCCGGCUUUACGGACAAAAAAAGCUCUCUCAUUGACGUUUUAUUUGACUUUAACGUUGCAAUUGAGCAUGUUUCAUGCGAUACCAAGGACCGCGGCCUUUUGCUUAUUUCAAAUGUUGCUUUCAAAGGAAUCCCUGCCAAACAAAUUUACUACUGUUCGCUUCAAAGCUGCGAUUUGCAAAACAAUCAUCAGCUGAAAGCUGCAUUUGCAGAGUGUACGUUUUUCUUGAACCAGCUCCCAUCUAAUGCCUCGUAUCCCUCACUUUACAUUGACAUUUGCAGCAUGUCUAUCGAUGGCACCAACCUUUUUGGGCCCCCAAAUGAUGAUGCGUUGCAUGGCCAAGCAGGCGCUUCAAGCUUCUUGUCUUUUGCUUGUAUUUUUCAACGGUUUCCUACCGUUUUCAAUCUCGCCAAUGGAACGCUUUCGCUUCAAAAUGUUUUUGGCGUUCCAGGCACGACAACCCUUUCAGCUUGUGAUUUCAAUGUCCAUUUGACGGCCAGCUUUGCAGAUUUCGUUUCUCACUCGGCUCCAAUUGUUUCCGCAUAUUUUGACUACCUUUCAGUUUCAUAUGACAGGCCAAAGACAAUCAAAUUUCCCACUCCAAUAUUUGCGCAUUCAAACUUCUACACAGGCUUUCAUUUGACACUCAAUCUUUUCAAGAAGCAGGAGCGAGAACUGACGUCCAAUGUCAGCGAUCUCUUGGAAUGCAUCUUUAAAAAUCACUAUUUGGUCAUUGACAGCCAUUCAUGCUGGCUAUCGCUGUCCAAGGAAGGGUUUAACUUUAUCCUUACCGAUGCAAUGAAAUGGGUAUUAAGGAAUGAAGAGGAAUAUAUUUCCAAUCAACUGGCCAAACUGUACGAGGGGCGUUCCGAUGCGGCUUCGCAGCAUCGGAACGCCGGAAUCGACAAGGCUUCGACGUUUUUGUUCGAGAAAAACGACUCGUUGAACGCAAAAUGCAAGCAACCGGACGUUGCAAAGCCAGCUACCCCAAACCAUGAAAUAACUAUCAGUGGGUUUAUUGUGAUGAUCCACUUUAGCGCGAUCAACUUUACCAUCAUUGAUGAUACAAAUGUUCCUUCCAAUGUGGCCGACCAUGUCACCUUCAAAAUCUCCAAUCUUUCAAUUCCAGCGACCAUUUCACCCAAUUUGUCGAUCGAAUAUAUUUUGCUGAUUUGCGAAAACUUUGAGCUCGAGGAUCACGUUUCGCUUUCGACGUGGCGAACGUUCUUGAAAAACUCUUCUUUGCCGUGUGCCUCCACAAGGCGAAAAGGCAACGUAAUCUUGAAUUUCAUUUCCAGUCUCCACUCAAUCUGCCCUUCUGAUCUCUUCAAAAAAUGUCUUUUGAGCGAGUCAAAUGCCAUCGAAAUUCUUGUCUACCGGCUGCUAUCUGGGACCAGCAUGGUCGACACUCCAACGGACUUGGAGUUUUUCAUUUACAUCGAUGUUCUUCAAAAACUGCGAUUUCACAUCGAUCAGGACUCGCUUUUCUUUUUGGAAAGCUACUUUUCAUUUUCGGUCAAUAAAGACAUCGUGCUUUUGCAAAAGAACAUAGAAGACUUGAAAAACCAGCUUUUGGAACUGCAGCAAACCGAUCUGGAGUGCACCUCGACCGGGCUCUUCUUUAGGCACAUCGUGAUUUCGGAAAUCGAGCUGUUUAUCGACUACAAGCCAAAAAAAUCUGUACUCUCGUCAUCGUCAAUCUCUUCGUUUGUGUUCAACAUUUUCAAGCUGGAAGACGCCAAAAUAGUUUUGCAAUCCGUCCAUCUUCAUGGCAUCCACGGAAUCCCCAGAGCAUUUGAAUUGAUCAUGGAUGCGUGGAUCCCAUAUGUGACAAAUACCCAGGCUCAGCAGGUAAUUCUCAACGGAUGGACGCCCAUCAGAACUAUGGUGCAAUUUGGGAACAACGUCGGUGAAUUGAUCAUGCUGCCUAUGAAUAGCAAUCCAAACGAUGGGUCAUCAACUUCAAUUUCACUGAUCAGGAAGAGCUUGAUGCAAGGCAUCAACAUCACCUCUCAAUUGGCAUCAACGACCAAGAACUACUUGAAAAAGGCCGAUUCGUUUCUGUGUACACUUAGUGGUGUAGCGCCUCUGGUUGAGAGGCCAAAUGGAAAUCCAAAAAACCUUGACUCCGGCAUCAAAACCGGCGUUACAGAGCUUACCGAGUGUCUGGACAAGGCAUCUCUGCAUGUUGAGAGUGAAGAAAGAAUUAAUAUCCUUAAAGCCGUUCCUUUGGCAUUUGUACGGCCCUUGUUGGGGGUCACCAAAAUGGUUGAUUGCACGAUUGGGCGUCUUCUUAUCAAAGUCAUAGCAGUGGUGGGGCAGGUGUUGGGAAAGUCUGUUAAAGAUGCCUAUAUACAGACCAUCAAAGGUAUGCCUUUUCGGUACUUGUUUUUAGCCGCGGAAUCAAAUGCAAGCAAAUUGGGAUCCUCCAAUUCGCCGGCAGUUGCCCAAGUUUCGUCAACUCUUUCCAUGGAUGAGGCCGGAAAAAUCUUAAACCUUCCCCUUCCAGGCUCUACACUAGACCAGGCCAAAGAGGUAUUGCUUGUCAAGUGGUCACCAUGUAGAAAUUUGAAAAGUACUUCAAAUCAAAUGCCAGAAAGGAUGACUGGAAUGGAUCGUUCUACCUUCAAUCAAAAUUUGUCAGGGCCUAUGAGCGUUUUGAGGCGGAAUCAAGAGUCAACCCCAAAAGAGUUCCUCCCUCCUCGUAGCUUGCCCCCUUCCAGACGCCAUUGCACUAUCGUGGUUCGGCUAUUUAUUUCAUAUCCAUUUUUGUCGAUGGACCAAUAA